AGACCCGAGUGACAGAGAAAGCCUGGUCUCUAGACAUGAACACCAAGGGAAAUCGACUCAGUAUGCAGCUGUUUUCAACAUAGUCAAUUCUGUUAUAGGAUCCGGAAUAAUAGGGUUGCCUUACUCAAUGAAGCAAGCCGGAUUUCCCCUGGGCAUACUACUUUUAUUCUGGGUCUCAUACAUUACAGACUUUUCCUUAGUUUUACUGAUAAAAGGAGCAGCCCUCUCUGGAACAGACUCCUACCAGUCUUUAGUUAACAAGACCUUCGGCUUUCCGGGGUACCUGCUGCUCUCUGUCCUUCAGUUUCUGUAUCCUUUCAUAGCUAUGAUAAGUUAUAACAUAAUAACUGGAGAUACUUUGAGCAAAGUUUUUCAAAGGAUCCCAGGAGUUGAUCCUGGAAGUUUCUUUAUUAGUCGAUACUUCAUUAUUGUGGUUUCAACGGUUACAUUUACUCUGCCUCUGUCAUUGUACCGAGAUAUAGCAAGGCUUGGAAAGAUCUCUUUCAUUUCUACAAUUUUAACAACACUAAUUCUUGGAAUAGUAAUGACAAGAGCAGUUUCCUUGGGGCCAAUCAUACCAAAGACAGAUGAUGCUUGGAUAUUUGCAAAGCCCAAUGCCAUCCAGGCUAUUGGGGUGAUGUCUUUUGCAUUCAUUUGCCACCACAACUGCUUUCUGGUCUAUGGUUCUCUGGAAGAGCCCACAGUAGCUACAUGGUGCCGGAUCAUUCACACAUCCAUCUUAGUUUCCGUAUUUAUCUGUGUGGUCUUCGCUACGUGCGGGUACUUGACUUUCACCGACUUCACUCAAGGAGACUUAUUUGAAAAUUACUGCAGAGGUGAUGACCUGGUGACCUUUGGAAGGUUCUGUUAUGGCAUCACUGUCAUUUUGACAUACCCGAUUGAAUGCUUUGUGACCAGAGAGGUAAUCGCCAAUGUGUUUUUUGGUGCAAAUCUUUCAUCAGUGUUCCAUAUCAUCUUAACAGUGGUUAUCAUCACUGUAGCCACGCUGGCAUCAUUGCUGAUUGAUUGCCUUGGAAUAGUUUUAGAACUCAAUGGUGUGCUCUGUGCGGCUCCUUUGAUUUUUAUCAUCCCCUCAGCAUGUUAUCUGAAAUUAUCCGAAGGACCAUGGACACAGUCAGAUAAGAUAAUGGCCUGUGUCAUGCUUCCGGUUGGCGCAGUGGUGAUGGUCGUGGGCUUCGUCAUGGCUAUCACCAAUCCUCAGGACUGCACCCACGGGCAGGAAAUGUUCUACUGUUUUCCUGACAUCUCCCCCACAAACAUCUCCCAGUCUCACGUGCAACCGACAAUACAACCUUCCCUUUGGAACCUCAGCGUCUUCCAGUGAGCCGGCUACUUUAAAGAAAAUGCGUGUUCUCUGAGAUGCCGAUGCCUCGUCCUA